AUGUUCAAAGCGUCGUCUCCUCUUUUCUCUGGCCUUCUUUGGAAGAUCCCAUGGCGAAUCUCGCAGCCCCAGAAGGCUCGCCAGAGGAAGCGCCUUCGCUCCGUCGAUCGCGUGGUAGACACUAUUAGCGCAGCCCUUGCCCGUAACGGACAGAAGGCGCGAUCCGUUGAUCGGUGGUAUCGGGAAAUGCCUCGCGAGGAGGAGAUGCUGCCCAGGGAUAAAUACACUCUCUUCGACAAGAAGGAAAAGACAUACCGCAAAGGCAUUCAUAAGCUGCCGAAAUGGACACGAGUCAGCCAGCGCGUGAACCCUCCUGGUUUCUAA